UGGGAGCUGUAAGCGACUUCUCAAAUUACCACAUCCGCAGAUUCCGCACAGAGCGAGCUGUUGAACGGAAGAGCUGAGUUAUGGCGUCCACCGUCCCAGUUCUUCUGCUCCUGUCUGCAGUUUUAUUCGCGGCGACAUUCGCUGAUGAUGACUGCAAAAGCUACUUUACCAGCAAUGGUGACUUUAGGCCCUCCAGGGAUUGUCAGUAUAAUCUAUUCUGUUGUGGGACGUGUGAUGACCGAUUCUGCUGCUCCAAUUUAUAUUCCAAGUUAUCCGAAGAGAAACAAGACGACUGUUUUUUCAGUGAGAAUAAGUCUGUCGUUGUCGGCGUGACCGUAGCAGGGCUUGUGGCCUUCAUCACGAUGUUCAUCGUCUGCUGCGUCUGCCCCUGCUGCUGCCUCUACAAAAUGUGCCGAACACCCAGACCUGUUAUAGGAGCAACAACAACCACUACCGUCGUAAGCUCACGUUAUCCUCAGCAGCCUGUUGCUCAGGGAGGUCAGUACCCACCGUACCAGCCCAUACCGUCUCAGGCCGGGUACGGUGGCACACCAGCUUAUGGAGGACAACCCAUGCCUACAGGACCUUAUCAGGGCCAGCCAUAUGUAUCAGGACCACCACCCCCAUAUCAGGAGACCGGAGGCCCAGGAUAUCCUGUUCCCUACAGUCAGGCUGUUCCUUACAGUCAGGCUGUUCCCUACAGUCAGGCUGCGUAUGAUGGCGGGCAGGCCACGUACCCCAUUCAACCACCAGUUCAGCCCGGCUUCGCUCACCCACCCCCACCAACAGACUACAGCUCGACUCAACCGGCUUACAACCCCAACUACAUGGAGCAACCAAAGACCGGCUACUAAACCACAACCUUGAUCGUUGAUGGUUACGUAGUUUUAUCCUACAAUUGCGCAAUGUACAUCUACUGUUGACAGCAUCCUCCAAUCGGAGUUGGGAAUUAAAUGAUCGGCGUUCGCUAUCAUUGUGUGCUAUCAUCGUUUUCUUUACACUUAAUUUUAUAUCAAUAUAUUUUUAUUUACUCCAGCUAUUGUGCGUGACUCCAAGCCAUAUAAUAUUUUAGUUUUGUUUGUUUUUGUCCACCAAGCAAAAGGGAAUAUGUUUUACCAGCCUCAGAACGUUUCGACUUGAAAUGCCAUUAAACGCCUUAAAUAUCACCAGCUUUAUUUAACCUGGUAAUUUGCACAAAACAUUGACACUUUAUCAGUUGGUGCAUUUGAACAACGCCAGCAUGCUGUUUAGAUGUUUUCACGAUUAGCUUAGCAUUCAGGUUCAUGAAUUUGGGAAUGUUUGUAACAGUGGCCUCAUGGUCAGAGAUCCAGAAUAUGCCUUAUUUAAUGCAGCUUUUGCAGCAAAUUACAUGUGGACACCUUAAACACAAUGUUCCCACCGUGUGUUUGGGUAAUUUUAUGGAAUUUGGGUUUUGGAUGUUGUAGAAAUUCCAUGUUUAUGAGGGAGGCGUCAACAUGUUUUAUAUGUUUUCCUUGUGAACUCCUUACUUGAGGGUCUGAAAAGCAUUUGAAUUUGAGGAAGAAUGGCCAUGAUUCGGUCCUGACUGGAAGCCAAAUGACUAUAAAUAAUGUGAAGCACUUAUUUUAAACCAUUAAAAGCCACUCUAGGUCAGAAAGAGGGUGAAAUUGUGAGAUGUUUCACUGCUUUGUUAGAUGCUCUGGAAAAUGCGGUGACAUGCUCUUCCAUGUUAUGAAGUUAGGUCAUAAGGUAUCAAAAUCUACAGAUUCCUGUUGGGUGUGUCAGGUCACAUUCUUGGUUUAUUAACUGUAUUGUAUGUUAAAACUAAUCAAUGUUUUACGUUAAAAUGUUCUAUGUAUGUAAUGUUCUAAGCAUCUCAAUGUUUGCAACCGCAAAUAAAAAAAAUUGUGCUGGCAUCACUGUUAAAUUGUCAGACAUUCUCAUUUAAUAUUUUAGGCGGAAAAUUUGUUUACCUA